AUGGACCGCAUCCUCACUCGUGCUGGCGCCUUUACCGAUCCGGAAGCUUUCCUCCCCGGAGAUGUGCCCAUCUCAGCACUGGAGAAUGUGCGAGUUCUCGUCAUUGGAGCUGGCGGGUUGGGAUGUGAGAUCUUAAAGAACCUCGCACUAUCCGGCUUCCGCAGCAUCGAUGUCAUCGACAUGGACACCAUCGACGUCUCAAACCUCAAUCGACAAUUCCUGUUCCGCCAGAGCGAUGUGGGAAAGCCCAAGGCGAGCGUGGCCGCCGACUUUGUCAUGAAGCGGGUGCCGAGCUGCAAGAUCAAUGCAUAUGUUGGGAAGAUUCAGGACAAAGAUGAGGAGUACUACAUGCAGUUCAAUCUCGUUGUUUGCGGGUUGGACUCCAUCGAAGCACGGCGGUGGAUCAAUGCUAUGCUGGUGGGACUGGUGGAUAUGGAAAACCCAGACUCUCUCAAGCCGUUGAUCGACGGCGGAACAGAAGGAUUCAAAGGCCAGUCUCGUGUCAUUUUCCCGACAAUGUCAUCUUGCAUUGAGUGCCAGCUGGAUAUGCACGCUCCCCGAGCGGCAGUACCACUCUGCACACUCGCCACGAUCCCUCGUCAACCGCAGCACUGCAUCGAAUGGGCUCACAUCAUCAAGUGGGAAGAAGACAGAAAGGAGAUCACACUCGACACCGACGACCCGGAACACAUCACAUGGCUCUACCAAACGGCGUUGAAGCGUGCACAAGAGUACAACAUCCAAGGCGUCACCUACAGUAUGACACAGGGAGUGGUCAAGAAUAUCAUCCCUGCCAUUGCCUCUACCAACGCUAUCGUCGCAGCAUCUUGCUGUAACGAGGCUUUCAAGAUUGCAACUUCAUCAUCACCGUUCCUGGCCGACCCAUCCAAGAUUCCAGAGGGCGACAAUGGCGUCUACACCUAUACCUUCGGUCACAAGCAGAAGCCGGAUUGUCCAGUGUGCGGCAAUCUGCCAAAGGAUCUGCCUCUUAGUUCCGAUGCUACGUUGGGUGACUUGGUCGAUAGUUUCGCUGAGCGUCCCGAGGCGCAGCUCAAGAAGCCGAAUCUGCGGACGGAAGAGAAGAGUUUGUUCUACUCCACCCCAGAUGGCCUUCGUGAGCAGACGGCGCCGAACUUGAAGAGAAAGUUGGGUGAGCUGUUGGAGGAUGGCGAGGAGAUGGCUGUUAGCGAUCCCGCGUUCGACAUCAACUUCCGCUACAAGGUGCGGUUCUCAUGA